AUGAACACCCUGCCCGAGACAAGGCUUCAGCAGUACGACCAACUCAACGACUCUCAAUGGAUGUACCCUCUGGACAAUCAGUCGUUCCCUGCAUCGUAUCCAAACCAAGAGCAAAGCUUCCAAUUCCAGAACUCCAACUACAACCAGAGAACCUUCCAGGCACCCAAAGACCCCAAGGACCUGCUCGCCCUUGUGGGCAUUCCAGAGGCAAAUGCGUCUGCAGAUGUGCUUCAUGCUGCCUCGACCUUGUUCUCAUAUCGAGCAAACCCCAAUCAAGGUCUUGGUUCUGUAAACUUCCCUCAGUCUGCAACUCCACAGCAGCCCGUGGUGCAGAGCACAAGCCGCCAUGCUUCGUUUCCCUUCUCGGUCCCCGCGACGACUAGCUCCUCGGCGGCCCAGUANCCCCCGGCCAAUGGUCACUUUCGUGCAUCGUUUGACAAUCCGACAACGAACCCUCACUCACAUCCCCACUCCCACUCUUCCUCCUCUCAUCAGUCCGCCACUCCCAUGUUCCACUUUGGCUCGGACAAUAACUUCCGCCAAACUGGUUACGCUGCCCCCUAUCAAGAUCUCGAAGCCAGCAACAUCCAGCACGUUGAAUUCGCGCGCAACAUGGUCCACUCAUCCAACGACGCCUUGUCUUCUGUGGAGAACUCGGUCCCUCAUACCCCUGACCUGAGCAGAGGCCUCCAUAGCUACUACCCUGGUAGUAUGCAGGCUCUUACCAAUCUUGCUGAUCAGACUUCUACCGGAGAGUCUGACCAGCCCAAGAACAACAAGCGUCGCAAGUCCAAGCGCGCAGACGACCAUGACUUUGACGCAUCCAUCACCUCUCCUGCCUUCCGCAUCAACAAUUCCAGUCCCGACGGCGACAACACCAUUGCCGACUCGGACGACAACGAUCGCGAAGACAACAUGUCCAAGCCAUCCAUCAAGCGUCGCAGAGCUUCGUCUGGUGCAAACAGCAAGCUCGGCAGCAUUGCUCGCAAGAAUCUCACCGAGGAUCAGAAGCGCAGCAACCACAUUCGCUCUGAGCAGAAGCGUCGCAACAUCAUCAAGCAGGGCUACGAAGAUCUCAACGAACUCGUGCCUAACCUCAAGACUGGCGGUUUCAGCAAGAGCGCCGUCCUCACCGAGACUACUCGCUUCCUUGAAGAGAUUCACCUGGGCAACAACAGCAUGGAGACUUAUUUGCGUAACCUGGCUGCUGAGAAGGGCGUGGCCUUUGAGCUAUAA